AGAAAUAUAAUAAUUUACACACUUUGUCUCUCUGGUCGGCCGGCUCUUUUUCUAUCCUGGACAAUCGGCACGAAUCUAGUAGUCCAUGAUGCGGUGACGUAUUCUAACACUAGAGACGCAUGGGUCAUUCUCGUUUGCCAUGGAUCUUCAACUCCAAUCUAUGGCUCGCUUACUGCAAUCUCUUAAUACCCACCGUUCAAUCCACAUCGGAAAACAAAUCCACCUUCUCUUUUUAAAAAGGGGUCUCCUAAAUUCCACUCUUUCACUGGCAAACCGCCUUCUACUGAUGUACAGUCGAUGCGGUUGCAUGAGCGAUGCGCAUAACCUGUUCUAUGAAAUGCCCUAUAGAAACUGCUUUUCCUGGAACACCAUGAUAGAGGGCUACCUGAAGUGCGGAAACAGAGAAAAAUCGCUGGAGCUGUUUGAUGUGAUGCCCCAAAAAGAUGAUUAUUCGUGGAAUGUGGUUAUUUCGGGGUUUGUGAAAGCUUGCGAGUUCGACAUUGCUAGGAGGUUGUUUAAUGAGAUGCCCAGGAGAAAUGGGGUUGCGUGGAAUUCAUUGAUUCAUGGUUAUGCUCGGAAUGGAUGUCCAAGGGAUGCGAUUAGGCUAUUUAAGGAAUUGAAUUUGAGGCCGUUGGAAAAAUCAUAUGGUGAUUCCUUUGUAUUAGCUACUGUUAUUGGCGCUUGUACUGAUUUGGAAGCUAUUGAAUGUGGUAAGCAAAUCCAUGCCCGGAUUCUAAUUGAUGACAUGGAAUUUGACUCAGUAUUGGCUAGUUCACUGAUUAACUUUUAUGGAAAAUGCGGUGAGUUGGACAGCGCAAAUUAUGUUUUGAAUAUGAUGAAGGAAGUGGAUGACUUCUCGUUGUCAGCGCUUAUCACUGGCUAUGCAAAUUAUGGUAGAAUGAAUGAUGCAAGAAGAAUAUUUGAUAGGAAAAGUAACCCGUGUAUUGUGGUGUGCAAUUCUUUGAUUUCUGGGUAUGUUAACAAUAACGAAAAAAUGAAAGCACAUGCACUUUUCACUGAGAUGCAAAAAAAUGGAAUUCAGGUAGACUCAUCAACAAUAGCAAUUAUUCUGAGUUCCUGCCAUAGCUCUGGGAAUUCACAACAUGGUAAACAAAUCCAUGCCUAUGCUUGUAAAGUUGGAUUAGUUGAUGACAUCAUUGUUGCUUGUGCUUUUAUUGAUGCAUAUUCCAAGUGUGGAAGUCCCAAUGCUGCUUGCAAAUUAUUCAGUGAGCUCAAAGCCCAUGAUACAGUCUUACUCAACUCUAUGAUCACAGUUUAUAGCAAUUGUAGUAGAAUUGAAGAUGCAAAACAGAUUUUUAAAACCAUGCCGAGUAAAACCCUGAUAUCAUGGAAUUCAAUGGUUGUGGGUCUUGUACAAAAUGGUUGUCCAAUUGAAGCAUUGGACCUUUUUCGCAAAAUGAAUAAACUGGAUUUGAGGAUUGACAAGUUUAGCCUUGCUAGUGUGAUCAGUGCCUGUGCUGGUAUCUCUUCACUGGAAAUGGGUGAACAGGUUUUUGCGAGAGCAAUUAUCAUUGGACUUGAUUCUGAUCAGGUUGUUUCUACCUCCCUUGUUGAUUAUUACUGCAAAUGUGGCUUGGUUGAGAAUGGAAGAAAGCUGUUUGAUAUGAUGAUCAAAUCUGAUGAAGUCUCCUGGAACUCAAUGCUGAUGGGCUAUGCUACAAAUGGUUAUGGAUUGGAAGCACUAACACUGUUCAAUGAAAUGAAACAUGCUGGUGUAAGACUAACAGAUAUUACAUUUACAGGGGUUUUAUCUGCCUGUAACCAUUGUGGGUUGGUUGAGGAGGGACAUAAAUGGUUUAAUAUUAUGAAAUAUGACUAUCAUAUUGAUCCAGGAAUUGAGCACUAUUCGUGCAUGAUUGAUCUUUUUGCUCGUGCUGGUUACUUACAGGAGGCAAAUAAUCUUAUUGAGAAUAUGCCCUUUGUGGCAGAUGCCAGCAUGUGGUCAUCUGUGUUAAGGGGUUGUGUGGCUCAUGGAGAUAAGGAUCUGGGUGAAAAGGUGGCAAGGAGAAUCAUUGAACUUGAUCCUGAGAGCUCCAAUGCGUAUGUCCAACUAUCUGGCAUAUUUGCUACCUCUGGGGACUGGGAAAGCUCAGCUCUUGUUAGAAAGGUAAUGAAAGAGAAGAAAGUAAAAAAGCAUCCUGGUUUCAGUUGGGCUGAUUGAACAAGAUAUUUGGAAGGUGCGCAUUCUUGGAACUUCCAUGUUCACAAGGAGAAGUCAUGUAAUUCUUUUCAUUUUUUUGCUGAUAUCUUAUGGGUUUAGCCACACUCCAUCAAAUGUAAAAUUUCAAGAGACUAUGCCAAUUUUGGGCAAACCUAGUUCUGCAAUUGAUACUUAAUCAUGUCAAAGUUCCUCAUGUAGAGCAGGAAGAAAGCUUGGUCUGUGGUGCAGCCAUCCUUCAUUUGUCUGCUUCAUCUGGGCAAGUUGGGCUGCCGUUUCCCUGAUGUUUUUGUAGCUUCCUUAUGGAGGCAUUACCUCAAACAAAGCUGGUGCACUUUCUACUUGGCCUAUAUGAUGAUUACAAUUAUUUGACCACAUUGAACAAGUUAUCUUCUACUGCAAAUAUUGGAGUUGCAUUUCCGCAUUGGAUGAAAAUUUCUGUGAAUGCAAUUGGAAAUUUGGUAAGGACGCUCUUAACUGCCCGUUCUUGGUGGGAGGUUCUUUAGGCGAUCUGCUGGUUCAAUUUCUCUGACUGUGGCCGUGGACAAGUGCUGUUCGGGAGGCUUGCAUGGGAUGGCUGCAGCCUGCCUAGAAGUGCUAUUCUUCGUCCCGUCACAGGGAAGGAUGGAUCUCUUUUGCUUUGUGUGCUUAGUGUCUCCCAAGCUUAGAUCUGGCAGUGGAGAAGUCUUCAACCUUGGCUUGUUUGGUCUUGUUGCUGUUCCAUGCUUGCAGGUGUUGGAUUGCCCAGAACUACGUUCUCUCACUGUCAAUUCCUGCAAAGGCCGGCUGUGGUUGGGUCGUGAGACUCAAAGAGUCUGAAAUGCACGAGAGAGAUUUAGCCAGAAAAGUGAUUUCCGAUAUGUUGCAUUUUUCAGUCAUGUUGUACCAUUUUUUUUAGCUCGGGACAAUGCUUUGCCUGCUAGUGGAGGUUACCAAUGUGCUUGGAGAGCUGAUAAAGCAUUCCCGGUAGUAUUCUGUUCAAAAUUUAAAAAAUCGGUCGAAUUGAAUUAAUUUAAAAAUUCAGUUCGGCUUUUUAUAUA